CUUGUGCUGAGCCCUAGUUUGUGUGGUCCCCAGAUGGCGGGUGAGAAGGCGCCCGCGGAGAAGAAGCCGGCCAAGAAGAAGGCAGGAGAGAAGAAGCCGGAGCAGAAGCCGAGCCAGAAGGCAGCCGGGGACAAGAAGAAGAGGGUGAAGAAGUACCAUGCCAGCAGGAACCCCGUCCUGGCCCGCGGCAUCGGGAGAUAUUCCCGCUCUGCCAUGUACGCCAGGAAAGCCCUGUACAAGCGCAAGUACACGGCUCCAGAGACAAAGAUAGAAAAGAAGAAGAAGGAGAUGCCCCGCGCCACCAUCACCAAGCCAGUGGGUGGAGACAAGAAUGGAGGCAGCCGGGUGGUUAAAAUCCGGAAAAUGCCCAGGUACUACCCCACAGAGGACGUGCCCCGCAAGCUGCUGAGCCACGGCAAGAAGCCGUUCUGCGAGCACAAGCGGCGGCUCCGCUCCUCCAUCACCCCAGGCACGGUGCUCAUCCUGCUCACCGGGCGGCACCGUGGCAAGCGUGUUGUCUUCUUGAAGCAGCUGGACACUGGCCUUCUGCUGGUUACAGGCCCCCUGGUUGUGAACCGUGUCCCCCUGCGUAGGGCCCACCAGAAGUUUGUUAUUGCCACAUCUACAAAGGUUGACCUCACUGGAGUGAAAAUUCCCAAACAUCUCACCGAUUCCUACUUCAAGAAGAAGAGGCUGCGGAAGCCCAAGCACCAGGAGGGCGAGAUCUUUGACACUGAAAAAGAAAAAUAUGAGCUGACGGAGCAGCGCAAGGCAGACCAGAAGGCCGUGGAUUCCCAGAUCCUGGCCCGGAUCAAGAAGGUGCCUCAGCUCCGUGGGUACCUGCGCUCCACCUUCUGCCUCUCCAACGGAGUCUAUCCUCACAAAUUGGUGUUCUAAGCCUUCUGAAAGCACCACAUUAAAUUCCAAGGGAAAAAAAAAAAA